AUGGCAGAAGUGAAGCUGGAGCAGACCGAGCUGUGUAUGGCGUCCCCCCACCUCAAAGAGGAGUCAGAGCUGUGGGUCAAACAGGAGCCAGAGGAGUUUCCUUUUCACGUCAUCACUGUGAAAAUUGAAGAUGAUGAAGACAAGUCCUCUGUGCUUCAAAGACCAACUGAGGAUAGUGAGGAGCACUCUGACAGCUCUGAAGACACUGACCACUCAAAAGACUACAGUCAAGAACAGCCUCCUGCUAAAAGCUACUCCAAGAUUCCAGCUGACUCAUGUGUUACAGUGGAUAAACCCUUCAGCUGCUCAGACUGUGGGAAGCGCUUUAAGAGGAAACAAUGUGUCAAGAGACACAUGGUGGUUCACUCAGAUGAGAGGCAUCAUAAAUGUUCAGUUUGUGAGAAAAGGCUAUGUGACAUGGUGAUCUAUUGUGAUCCCGGACUGAGUGCCGGAGAGAAGAAGUACAUGAGCAGACUCUGUUUAAACUCUUAA